ACUCAGACGUCUAUCGGGGUGGUAGUGGACGGAGCUCGCACCUCGGAGCUAGGAGUUAUGGGGCGAAGGACCUUGCCCUCCACCCUGGUGAUAGGGUUCGUCCUCCUGGUGGCGGUCCUGGUGACGGCAUCACCAUCUCAGAUUCACCACCAUGCAGACGGAAGUACGGAUGGCCGACUGAAGCGCAGCCCCGGUCAGCUGCAGCUGCUGAACGGACCGCUGGGUGCUGAGUACAGCGGGGCGGAGGGAGAUGUCGGGGGCACUCUGUCGGAUGGCUGGAGGUCAGACGCCCUGCACCUCCCGUCCACCGACCGGCAGCUGCUCUCCACCGGCCGACAGCUCCCCGGACUUAGUGGACUAGGUUUGCUAUACAACGUAGCUGUAGGCAUCAUAGGCACCGUCAUAGUCGGCAUCGGAGCCACCGCCGCAGCCGUGUACGUAGCUCAGAGUCAGGAAGAAGAGUCUACAACAGCCGCGCCCACAACCACGACCGUGCCGACGAAGCCGAGCUUUCCAUCACCUCAGCCGACCACUCCACCAUCGACAGCUUCGACAUCUUCAACGGAGCAGCCGCCGAUACCUCUACCUAUACCGGGCUGAGUGCAAUCCUAUGCUGCAUAUGCAUAAGGAAGGCAUAUGCCGGUCACUAUCGUUCACAGCUUCACGGGGAAUAAAUCAAUGUGGUUUGCACCUCAGUUAUUAUGUAUGAGGUAUAUGUGUGUUUCGGCAGGCAUGUCAGUUCUGCUACGCCUAGCUGUGCUACUAAUGCAUUAGCUUGCAAUGCAUUAUAUUUGUAAAUCAAUGCAUGUGGAUGCAAUGAAACGAUACCUGAAACUUUCAAGAGUCAAUCGCCAGACA